AUGCCGACGGAGACAGAAGACCUUCCCCCUCAAAAGCGAUCACGAUCACGAAUCAUACAAGCCUGCAUUCCUUGCCACCGCUCGAAGAGGAAGUGCAACCGAAAGAAGCCUUGUUCGCAAUGCCUUAAACGCCAGACUACCAAAGAUUGCACGUAUGAAGCACUGGCAGCAGAGGAUUUGGAAAUCCUGGAGGGCGGGACCACCUCGGUAGAUGCGGAGAACAGGAUUCUGCGAUCACGAAUUACGCAGCUCGAAGCCGUGAUAACCCAGCUGCGAGACCGGAACACUGAUCCUGUCGAUUCACGGAAGAGGCGAAGGACACCGGAAAAGGCUCACGACCAGGACGGGGUAUAUUAUGGUCGUUCAUUCUACCUCGGAGGGCCCGCGGCCCCCGAUCUCCUGCAUCGGAUGAUGGCUUUGCUUCCCAAUCAACCAUCAGAUCUCUUCUUUGCGUUUGUGGGAGGCACAGACAGCAGCAUCCCAGGCAGGAAUGAGGGUGGGAGUAUUUUACCGAUAGGAAACCUGAUGGAUUGUGGCGUUGACGACCUCUGCGCUUGCCUUCGAAACAUCUCUCCCGAGAGCCUCGACGCGAUAUUAGAUAGCUUCGUCGACAUCGUCGAUCCUCUUCAUCACUACCUUCCGAUGCCUUGGGUUCUACAGAGGUAUGAACGAUGCAUGAACAUAGCCGUCACGCCGGAGCCACAAGAAGCCGCGCUUGUAUUCGCCGUGCUUGGUCUGGGGAAUCUCGUGGCUGCCAACCCGACGUCUUUCAAUUUUAUUUCCGCGUCCUUUCAACUUCUGCGGUUGUCCAACUUUCUGACUUCACCAUCCAUUGAUUCCAUCGCAACCUUCUGCUUCAUCGCGGUGUACCUGCAGCAUGAAGGAAAACUGAACGAAUAUUGGCCAUUACUAGGGAUGGUGAUCCGUUUGGCCCAGUCGAUGGGGCUCCACCGCGACCCAAGUCUGAUUUCCAGCCUCGAUCCAGCGGAGGGUGAAAUUCGCCGCAGACUUUUCCAUGCCAUUGUUGGACAGGAGACUGCAUUGAGCGUCAUGUUCGGACGUCCCAACGGCCUAGGUUUCUUUGACUGCGCGUUGCCGCGCGAUAUCAGUGACGCCGAAUUGUUUGGUGUAAAGGGUCCGGCAACUGUUCACCCUCACGAGAUCUCUUACAACCGAUAUGCUUGGGAACUGAUGGAAAUUACCCGUGACCUGGUUACAAGCUCAUUGACAACACCUAAGUCGUCGACACUGGCUAGGGAGAAAUCGAUCUCACAACAACUCCGACAGUGGCACCAGAGGCUACCAGCCUCGCUCAGUUUCCAGCUACCAGGGUUAGCCCUCCAGGAUUUUAACGACCAGGAAGAACAGGUGCAUUACGUUCAGGCCCUCAUCUUACAUAUUAUUGUCAACCACAACGUGCUGGUACUUUAUCGACGUCCACUUCUAUCUGAUUCGCAUCCCGAGGCCGCAGAACCGUGCAUAGAGGCAGCAAUAGCCGUUGCCGAAGGAUGGAAAAUCUUACAAGACUCGUUCCCUAAGAUCGCACGCAUCGCAUGGAUGCAAUGGUUUCGAGCGUUCCAUGCAGCAUUGAUAUGUCUGGUUGCAUUAAGAGCACGAGAAACCAAGUCCCAUCUGAAAGUACGAGCGUUCAACUCUUGGAAAUCGUGUAUCCGAAUCUUCUCCAGGAUCCAAGAUCAGAACGAUAGCAUUCAAUGCUGCUGGCGAGCUUUAAGCCGCCUGGAUGAUGUUGCCAAGAGGACCGUCAACAUCCGGCGCCGGUUGCCCGCCCAAGGUCUGCUGAGAAGGGAUAUUCAAGACACCUCCUCAGUAUUGCGGAUUGGUCCAUCGGCAAACCAGGAGUUCAGCUCGGACGAGAACUCCAACAGCCCACCAGCGCCCAGCGCCGGUCCAGAGACAGACGCCGCAGACCGAUUUUUCCCGGAGGCCAACGGACAGUCAUCCCUAACCCAGGCGAUGUCAACCAGUUCGCAGGAGACUUAUCACAUCGAUGGGUUUGACCCUGAAUACAACGACCUACUACUAGGUUGUGGCCAGGAUUUUGAUUCCUAUAUGACCCAGGUCACCGUCCCUGGUGAGGCUUUGGGCAUGCAAACCCUCGCCGACUCUGCGCAGUACAACAUAUUUGAUCUUGAUGUAGCGAAUUGGCCGUUCUGGCUUACGGCUGACCAAACCGCUAUGGGCCAGGCGGAGUGA